UUCCGGGAUUAUUCUCAUCGCCUGCGUUUUCUUUGAAAAUACAAUUGUACAUACAGUGCUUCUCGUUCUAAAUGCGUCACCUGUGAUUUUCCGGAUUGUGCCCGUCAUGAAUAUUUAUAAGCGGAGUAUGCCGUCAGUGGUUGUGGGCACGUUCAAUCUCCUUUAGCUAGCCGCAUCCAGCUAAUGCAACAUCAUGUCAACGAGUACUACCAGUUCCCUGAAUAAUGCAGAUGAACUAGAAGAGGGGACAGAUGAUGACAAAUUCAAAGGAAAGCAAAUAAAAAUGAAUAAAUCCGCACGCAGCCGAAAAAGAAAACAAAUGCUGAUAAGAAAACAACAAAAACAAUGCAUUAACAUUUACGAAGAGUUGACAAAUGGACAGAAUAUAGCACAGAAUGAGACGACUACUCUGAUUGAUUUGUCAUACAAACAGGAAGGAAUUGGCAACAAAGAAGAUAAAGACUCUGACGACGGCAGUAUGACUAAUGAAAACGGCAAGCUGGAAAACUCGGUUUUUCAUUGCGCUGAUGAUGCAGAUGAUUUUGAGAUUGACAGCAACAACAGUUCCUCAAAAGAUGGCGAACAGAAUGAAUUUAAUGAUGAAGCCAAUUUUCAAAAUCAUGUGACCUCCCUCUUUAAUCAGCCCCCUAUGAAACGCAGAAAACCCAUGAGGAUGCCGUAUAGUGAGCCCAAAGAUUUGACUUGUCAAGUUUGUGGUGAUGUUUUGCCAAAUGCAACUGAGCUAACUGUCCAUAUUCGCCAGCACAACAUACCCAGUAACUCCAAUAAUCACAGCUGCAACAUGUGUGGACGCAUCCUCAGUUCUCAAAGCUCUCUGGACCGACACAUGUUAGUUCAUUCCGGUGAAAGACCUUUCAAAUGUCCGAUAUGUAAGAUGGCAUUUACCACUAAUGGAAAUAUGAAUCGACACUUGCGCACUCAUGAAAAAGAGAAUGAAGCAGUUGCAGAGACUAGCAUUUUCGAUGUCACUCUUCAAACAAAUCGUCAGCGUAAGCGGAUACCAUCAAAGCGUCUGUUAGAAUGUGAUGAGGAUUAUAUGCCCAUUAAGAAGAAACUUGCACCAAAAUCACCGAUAAAAAAAACCAAACCCAUCAUCCCAUUACCCAGAGAAACAGUUGAGAUCUCUUUACAAACUGAAGAUUUAAAUUGCCCUGUCUGCCACAAAGCAUUUCUUUGUAAGUAUGGGGUUCUAACGCACAUGGAAAUGCAUCCACAUAUGUCACUUCGUUGCUCUAUUUGCUCAGCCGUCUUCAAAAAUCAUAAAGGUUUACGAAUGCACAUUCAAAUGGUUCAUGAGAAAGUCAUGAAACAAACUGCAAGCUCUGUACCUGUAGGCUUUCAAGAUCUAGCUUGUCUACAUGUCGAUUUUUCUUCUAAUAGCUUUCCCAGAGUUGCCCAGAAAUGGUGUGAAGACAAUGCAAGAAGAUGUGGAUCUGCCCGCAUUAAAUUUGUAUGUAAAGUUUGCAACAAAGCCUUCCCAUGCAGAGCUGCCUUGGAAUUACACGAAAAUACCCAUGAUGAUAACAUGACAGAUAUCCAACAACAGCCAUGUGACACAAUGCACAAGAUGCUAGAGGCACCAAGGGAUCAAAAUCAGUUUCUAGCAUUGUUUUCUCUUCAACCAACUAGUGGCAGUACAAAAGAAUACAAAGCCAAAGCAUUUAUUGGAAAUCCAGCUCCUUCACCAAGAAAGAGCACAAAUGUCUCAAAUAGUUUCAUCCAAUCCUCACCUCGGAAGAAACCUCUCCAGUGGCACAAUCUAUCGAAAGAUUCAAUGAAAAUGGCCUCCACUGUUCCAAAGAAAGUUUCUCCAUACAUUUACCCAAUUAGAUCGAUGACCUUAUUGACUCAGCCUAACAUGAUAAAGAGGUCACCUGCCAAAGGAUCUGCAAUCAGUACUGGUUCUGUGCAAACUCUACCUGUUUAUAAAAUGGCUCCCUCACCACCACCAUCACUUCAGAAAAUUAAAGUUAAAAUAGAACAAUCCAAAGAUGAAAUUCAGGUCAUGGAUUUAUCACCAAACAUGACAGCUAGUACUGGGGAUGAGGGAAGCGCUAUGGAACCGGAAGGUAAUCCAGAAGAAGCUGGAAGUGAGAGAUUAGUUAUGUCUGAUCCUGCGGAUCCCAGCGCUUCUAAUGUAGACAAGAAAUUUCUACACACUUGCAAAUAUUGUAAUAAAGUUUUCCCUUUCGCCAGCACUCUAAAGAUUCACAUGAGAAAUCAUAUGGGACUGACCCCAUAUCAAUGUAUGCUAUGUACGUAUGCCAGUGCUGAUAAGAGCACACUUGUACGUCACAUGCGCACACACAGUGGUGAGAGACCAUUCUCUUGUGGAAUUUGUGAAUUUCCAUUUACUACAAAGGCAAAUUGUGAAAGACAUAUAAGAAAGAAACAUAAUAAAGAUGACAAAGCCGAUAUCGAGUCUUGCAUCAUUUCCAACGAAAACCCAAAGUUGGUCGAAACCACUUUGUUCACUGCACCAGAAUCUGUAUGCAGUAUAUGUGGCCGCAAUUUUAAAUUUUUCAGAGAUCUUCAAAACCAUAUGAGAGUUCAUGAAAAGUGUGAUGACAAACCCUACAUAUGUAGCAGGUGUCCGAGUGGAUUUGCAUCAAGAAGUAACUGUAUGCGACACAUAGCCAAGAGACAUCCCGAAGUUCAGCCAGAAGAUGUAGAAAAUGUUAUGAUCAUUCAAGAACCAAGCAAACCAACUUCUAAGAGUGAUCCACCAAUUGAAGAUGCAUUUGAACAGCCCCUUGACUUCAGUAUGAAAGCAGACAAACCAGCAAUGAUUGCUUUAGCAUCUGCAAGCCAACUGCUUGCUAAUUCUGCAGGUAGUGAUGCACAACGGAAACAAUUUCCUAAGUUACUUAUUCCUCAUUCAUCCAUUGGAAAGCUUCGUUUCAAACGAGUGUACCACAAGUUCUACAGCAGGGCUGUUGAUGCAUUAGUUUGUCCCCACUGCGAUCUUGCCUUCAGUAGAAGCACCCUAUUUAAGAGACACAUUCGCUCACACACAGCAGAAAGACCUUUUCGAUGUUACUUCUGCUCAGCAGCUUUUACAGUCAAAGAAAAUCUUGAUAAACAUAUGGUGAAAAGACAUAAUAACAUAGCCGAUGGCUCUCAACAGUCUUUCAUUCCAAAAGUAGCUACACCAAUGCAACAUAAACUUCUUUCGAAAACUCCAUCUAAGAGGCCUUCGAAAACAAGAUUGAAACCAUCCACCAGACAAUGGGUUGAUCUCACCAAUUCAACUAAUAAUGAUGUACCAGUUUCAUUUGUUCAAAGUUUUAAUCCAUCUUUAAGUGCAAGCCUUGAAUCGGAUACAGGCGAAGAUUUGACAAGUAUUUCAAAAAUGCUUGCUGCUACAAACACCCACAAUUUUCAGUCACUCUUAGAGGCUAGACUGAUGAACCCACCAGUAACAGAAAACCAGCAAAUUAGUUGUAGUGUGGAAGAACCUAUAACAGAUAAGUAUGAAGACAAAGCUCUAAGCCUAACACCAUCACCCUCACACACCCCUAACUCUCAACGGGAUGUAAAUUUAGAGGAACAAAUUAAAACACCCACCAAACAAGAUGAUAAAAAAGGUGUAACAGAAGAAGAAAAAAAGGGUCGAGUUCGAUAUAAAUUUGUCAAAAAGUUGUCAUGUCCCUAUUGUCCUAGAAUGUUUCCAUGGAUAAGUUCCUUGCGUAGACAUCUUUUAGUUCAUUCCGGAUUGAAGCCAUAUCAAUGUGUUAACUGCACAGCAACCUUCUCAACCAAAUCCAACUGUGAAAGACAUAUGGUUAGGAAGCACAACAUGACUCAGGACGAAGCAACUAAACUUACAACAGUUAAUCCCUUUAAUUGUGAGGUUUGUUCACAGGUCUCUUUCAACAGAAUUGAUUUACUUGAGUCUCACUAUGAAGAAAAACAUUCUGAGCAUCCCUUGCCUGCAUACUUUUCAAGGGCAAAAGAAGUUAUGCAAGUCCCACUUGAAGAACUUAUGAGCAAAAUCAAAUCAAAAUCAGAUGGUAGCCUUCAGAAAAAAGAACAGACAGGGACCAACCAGAUUGUGGGGCACAAUAAGUCAAAUGAAAUAUUACAGUUAUGUAAUGGUGAUGGUGAUUUAGAGGAACUGUUCCAAACUACCAACGUGAAUGCAGUCACAGAUGUUCAAGAACAUGAAGCUGAUAUGGAAUAUGUUGAGAUGUCUGAAGAUAAUGCUGCUACAAGGUUUGAGGAUGAAAACAAAGCAAUUGAAUUUGAUGAAAAAAUUGGCAUUGAUGUUCAUACUGAGGAACAAGUUGACAUGGGCAAGGAUGGAGAAGAUAGUGAAAUAAAAUCUGUGACUAAUGAACACCUAGAGGAUGAACCGCAACAGAUUAUUAAAAGCAAAAAAAUGAAUUCCUCUCCACUAUUUAAUGGACGUAAACGCAGAAAAGUCAGCUGUACACACAUUUGCAAACAAUGUAAGAAGAAGUUUAAGAAUUCAGCAACACUACGUCGUCAUUAUCGGGUGCACACAUUAGAACAUCCAUUCAAAUGCUCCAUAUGUUGUUCUUCUUUCACAACCAAGUUCAAUUGUCAAAGACACAUGAUUAAAAUCCAUGGUAAACAAAGAGAGGACGUGUUUAAGGUGAUGGAGUUGUCAGAGACAGAGCAAAAUGAAUUGAUCAAAGAAGCUACCAGCCAGAUAAGUGCAGUUAAUGCAGAUGAUGAUAUUAACGGGAAUAAUGAUGCAGAUUCAGUUCAUUCAUCUAAUGACACAGACCAUACGUCGUCAGAAAAAUCUUUUAAUAGCUGGGUUACAAAAACAAGUAACUCCCCAGGAAAACAAUCAUCUGAGGAUGUACGCAGGAAAUUUUCUUGUGAUGUUUGUCAGAAGAAAUUUCUAUCCUCGCGUGACUUAAAACGUCAUGACCGUACACAUACAGGUGAACGCCCAUUUGUAUGCACAGAUUGUAAUCGUAACUUUGGAUUUAAGCAUAGUUUGGUUCGACACCAGCGAACUCACAACCAUUUCAAUUGGACCAUACAAAAAUCAUCUGAGAAAUUUUCUUCUGAAGUAGAUGCAAAUUCUAUCCAAGAUCAUUCUCAAGACUUUGAUCUUUCUAGUCUUGGCACUAACGAUCCAUCACUUCACUCUCAAAUAGAAGCUUAUGAGGACAAUCUCUCCAAUUCAAAAGAUAUGUACAUUCCCUCAACACUGCAACGUAAUAACAUGUUGAUGCAAGAGACGUCUGGUAAUGACUGUGACCUGUUUGAGGAUGGUGAGAACCUGAUGAGUAGGAUAACCGACUGUGACAUCAUUCAGAAUCUUCUUGGCAUCCAGGAUUCAUCAAUGAUUGAUGAGAUGCUGGACUCUGCAGACUCUGCUGCUAAAUUAUUGGGGGUUGGAGAGGCCUAAGUAUGGCUGCUCUGCUGCUAAAUUAUUGGGGGUUGGAGAGGCCUAAGUAUGGCUGCAUCGUUAGAUUGAUUGCUCUAAAGUACUGGGUGCUGGAGAAGCUUAAAAGUAGUGAAAAAGACAUUGUUGACAAUAACAUUGAUUCAGUAGCACUUUGUAUUAAAUCAUGGAUAAAUAAUUGAAAGAAAAUUAAAAAGAGAAAAUGAAUUUAUUGACUGUUGAUCUAUUAUGCAUGCUCAGUACUGGUGAACACCUAAAAAUGAAUUUUAGAUGCUUUCAACUCCAUUACUAAAGAAUAUUCUUACUUUUAAAUCUUGUAUUGUUUUUCUUUAAUUAUUUUAAAGAAGUAUAUUUGUAAGUAAUUUAAGUAUUGAUUCUAAAAAAAAAACAGGUUGCCUUUUUCUAAAUGUUUUUUUGAGCAAUGUUAAACAUUGCAUUAUUUCCAAGGUGGUGGGUGUUAUAAAUUAAUAGCAAAUCAAUUUUUAAUUAAUUUAAUAAAUCUUUCAGAACUAGAAAAUGAUGGUAAUUGAAUGGUUGCGAUAUGUUCUGAGUAGCGAUGCAAAAUGAAAUCUGUAGCAACCAUGCAGAAUAUGCAAAUAAAGAAAGUAUGUUUGAAAUUAUGUAGUCAUAAUGUGUUAUGCAAGUCAAAGUUCUUCCUCAGAUUUCUUAUAUAUAUAUAUAAUAUAUAAUAUGCAAUAUUUUUACAUGUUGUUUGUUAGUCCUUAAAUUGUUUAAUUAAUGUAUUAAAAGGUUGUAUGUACUUCCACUGAUUAUUAAAAUGUCCUGUUCCUAUUAUUAGCAAUUUAGGUUUAUAUUGAUUGUAAUAUUAAUCGAUUUAAUUUGAUUAUUAUUAUUACUUAAACAGCAAUAAUGUCUAUUUAUGCUUUGUCGAAGGAUCCAAGGCAAAACAUAAUUAUCAAUUUUUUUUGUUGCUAUUUUAAUACAUGCAUUGUUACAUUUUCUGUAUUUAAAAUGAAGUACAGUACAGUACAUGAGUUCAUAAUGAAAUGCACUGUAUGUGCUUGUUUAAUUAUGUAUUACAAGCAUGUUAGGAAUUUAUGCACUUGUAUCUAAUCACUCAUUCAUGUUAAAGUUGGUAUUGUCAGGUUUACAUUAGAAUGUGUAUUAUUUUGCAUGCUUUGAGUUGAGAUACAGUACUCGACUAAUACAUGCACAGAACCAUGGACUUCCCUAUAUUGACUAUGCAAAAACAGAAAAUAUAUAACUGUUAAUUUGUUGAAUGAAAGAUGUAUAGGUAUUUUCUUUAAUCUUUUAUAUGUAGAAAUCACAUGUUUUAUGCUCAUUUUAUGAGCAAUGUUUACACAGAAAAAAAAUAUUUUGUUCACACAUGAGACUAUGUAACUUGAAUAUAUUGAUUUACAACGGUAGAUUUGAGAGUAAUUUAAUCUGUAUAAUUAUGGUGAUGUUUAUUUUAUGUUGAUUUAAUUUAAUUCAGUACUACUAUUACUACUACUAUAUUCUUUCCAUUAUUGUAUGCAAUAGAUAACGUUUGUAUGUACUAAUUACCAUAUGAGAGAUAUUCUAAUCGGGUUACAAUUGGCAAGACUCUUUUAUGUAUAUAUUUUUGUACGUUUGUCGAUAUUCACACUUGGUAUAUAAUGGUGUUUUUUUUCCGUAAUUGGGAUUUUACUCAUGGACUACGUAUAUGCUAUGCAUUUACUGUGUACUGUACUUUUUGUUUUCAUUGAGGUGUUUGGAAGUAGUUUUUAUGUACUUUAUUAUUAAUUACUCUGUCAUUUUAUUUACUCUUACGUAAAAUAUCUCGAGCCAAAGCACUAGAAAUCAAUGAUGAGAAAAGAAUAAAAUAUGCACGUAGGGGAUAAAUUUA